AGGAGGAGGAGAUCUGCAGUGAAAGCCAGCAGAUAAGCUCGGGUUUAAUUCCAGCUCAGGAGCGUCUCUCUGUUUCUCUCUUUAAGAAAUCAUUGUAAUAAUAAUAAUAAUAAUAAUAAUAAUAAUAAUAAUAAUAAUAAUAAGAGUAUUAGAUCGAUGGGUUGUGUAAGAGGAUGAUCAGAAGAAGAAGACUUCCUGUCUCCAGAAGCAGGACCCAGAAGUGUGUUUUGUCCUUUUAAACCCGCGGAGCAGCAGCAGCCCGAGUCGGGGAUCAGCAGCAGUCCGGCCGGGACAUGGGGAAGGAGGUGAACGGGGUGUCGCGGAGUCGCUUCGAGAUGUUCUCGAACAACGACGAGGCCAUCAUCAACAAGAAGCUGCCAAAGGAGCUGUUAUUACGAAUUUUCUCCUUUCUGGAUGUGGUCACGCUCUGUCGCUGUGCACAAGUGUCUCGGUCGUGGAACGUAUUAGCUCUAGAUGGCAGCAACUGGCAGCGCAUCGACCUCUUCGAUUUUCAGAGGGACAUCGAGGGUCGUGUUGUAGAGAACAUUUCGAAGCGAUGUGGAGGUUUCCUAAGAAAGCUCAGUCUGAGAGGGUGUUUAGGUGUGGGAGACAGCGCACUGAGGACAUUUGCACAAAACUGUAGGAAUAUUGAGCUGCUCAGUCUGAACGGCUGUACAAAGAUCACAGACAGUACCUGCAACAGUCUGAGUAAAUUCUGCCCCAAGCUGAAGCAUUUGGAUCUCGCCUCAUGCACCUCCAUCACCAACCUCUCUCUCAAAGCACUCAGCGAGGGAUGUCCCAUGCUGGAGCAGCUGAACAUCUCAUGGUGUGAUCAGGUGACCAAAGAUGGCAUCCAGGCUCUGGUGCGCUGCUGUCCAGGGCUGAAGGGUCUGUUCCUCAAAGGCUGCACACAGCUGGAAGAUGAGGCUCUAAAACACAUCGGCGCUCACUGUCCUGAACUGAUCACUCUCAACCUGCAGACCUGCUCACAGAUCACAGAUGAAGGUUUGAUAACGAUUUGUCGAGGUUGUCAUCGGCUGCAGUCCCUGUGUGUGUCUGGCUGCGCAAACAUCACAGACGCCAUUCUCAAUGCUCUGGGACAGAACUGCCCUCGUCUCAGAAUAUUAGAAGUAGCUCGCUGCUCACAGCUCACCGACGUCGGCUUCACCACACUCGCACGGAAUUGUCAUGAGUUAGAGAAGAUGGAUCUGGAGGAGUGUGUCCAGAUCACAGACUCUGCACUCAUCCAGCUGUCCAUACACUGCCCUCGCCUCCAGGUCCUCAGUCUGUCUCAUUGUGAGCUGAUCACGGAUGAAGGUAUCCGUCACCUGGGCAGCGGGCCAUGUGCUCACGACCGUCUGGAGGUGAUUGAGCUCGAUAACUGCCCCCUCAUCACCGACGCCUCGCUGGAGCACCUCAAGACCUGCCACUGCCUCGACCGCAUCGAGCUGUACGACUGCCAACAGAUCACACGCGCUGGGAUUAAGAGGCUUAGAACUCACUUACCCAACAUCAAAGUCCACGCCUACUUUGCACCUGUGACUCCGCCUCCUUCGGUAGGAGGAAGUAGACAGAGGUUCUGCCGCUGCUGUAUCCUGCUAUGAUGUCACAGCCUCCGCCUCCUCAACCUUGAGAGAGAGAGAGAGAGAGAGAGAGAGAGAGAGAGCGAGGAUGAGUGGUGUCCCAGCUGGCCAGUCAGAUCACAGGACAGAAACGAUCAGUGACAUCAUACACAGUGGACUUAAGAAAACUUUCCAUCGUUGUGUGUGUGCGUGCAUUCUGGGAAAGGGGGUUGUUGAUGAGUGAGAGAUACACACACACACGCACGCACGCACGCACACACACACGCACUAACCCGACUGAGAAAAUGAACUGAAUCAAUCAAAAAGUGUGUAUUAUUGUUGUCACUGGCAAUUUGUUAUCUUGGGGUGUGUGUGUGUGUGUGUGUGUGUGUGUGUGUGUGUGUGUGUGUGUGUGUGUUUACACACUCCACCCAUGAAGAAGAAACUGGAUCCACACAUACUCUGGUUAAUCACUACAGGAUAUGGCUGGUUUGAGAAUACACACACACACACACACACACACACACA